AUGCUCCGGAAUGUCGAACCGAUGAACACCAAGGAACUCUUUGCAAAGGCUUAUGGGGCUUCAACCCUGCUCGAUCACCAGAAAGAGAGCUACCUUUAUGGAAUGAAGGAGCUCGAAGAAUGCCGAAAGAUUGUAAAGAGCGUCAAUGGGACUGCGGUGCCGACUGCAGUACGUCAGGUAUCCAAUGAUCCCCUCAAAAUCUCGAUGCCUUGCAUCUUCGACCCGCAAGCUACCUUGUUGUGUGAUCAUUGGUCCCUGGACUCCUACGAGAAGGUGUGCUUGCAGGCGGCUUGGAUGGUUGGACUGGCGCUGACUCUGGCAGCGCUUGCGGGGUCAACCCUGGCUGGGCCCAAGAUCAGGAACAUGUUUGGCGAGUCGCGGGAGGCGUCCACGCUUUCGAAGGACGACAUCAACCGAAUGGAGGCAGAGGCCGUCGUGAACGUCAUCUACGGAGAUUCCACGGCAACUGUUGCCAAAGUCAUUGAGAUGGUGUUCAAUGUGUGCACUGUCGUGAUACCCAUCUCCAAUGUGGCCAUAUAUGCACUUGCUACGGAGAAGACUUACUUUCCCACUUCCCAAGGGCACGGAAUCUUCCAGUUUUGUGCGGACUGGCAUGACGCCUGGUUGCUGGGAUCCAUUUGCCUGCUGAUCUUCUUUCAGGCUGUGAGGGCAGCAGCAUCCAGGAGAAGCCCACGAUUCUGUGGCAGCGGGAGCUUUGCGUGGUUGGUGUACCUCUUGACGGAUGUCAGCUCCAUAGCUGACAGUGCGGCCGUCGGGCUGUCGUCCUAUUCCUUCUUGUAUUGCAGAGCCGUCCACUGGAACUGGAUGAUCUUGUCCUUCGUUCGUGUGAUCGAAUCCCUGGGACACUGGGGCGUAGGCGUGAACUUCCAUGGCUUCACGCAGGCUGGAGACGGCAGAGACGACCGUCGAAUGCUAAUUGCAAUGAGUGGCUUUGGUCUGGUGAUGUGGGUGUUGAUCGGAAGCUUGUACUAUGCAGUGAACAGCCAGAACAGUGCAAGCGAGUGGGUAACAGCCGUUCCUUCUUGGCAACGCUUUGAAUCCAUUCCAUCUUCCAUGUUCUUUGCCUUGCUGAACCUCUACAAGAAGAAUCCACUGGCUCUUGCCUUCGACAACUUCCACGAGCAGCUGCUGGUGAUCUUCGUGAACGUCGCUUGCGUUCCAGUCUUCGCGUUGGUGGCGGGCAUGAUUGGCAGCGCAGUUACCAAUGCAGUAUGUGCCAAGGAUCCCAGAGACAACAAGCUGCAAGAGGAAGAGGCGAAUGCUGCUGGAGCUGGCGGUGGCGACGAGUACGAGGAGGAGGAAGAGGAGGAAGAAGAGCAGGAAGAGGAUCCAGUUGUGGAAGUUGUCGAAGAUGUCAGAGUGGCGAACAUCUCAGUGCUGGAGCAGUGGCGCCGCAUUCUCCAUUCAUGGCAAGAAUAUUUCCUGAGCCUGACGUGGGAAGACAACCUCCAUCCAGUGAUCAUGGCCAUCUUGGGUUUCGGAUCGAUCUUUUUCUAUGGCGUGACCACCUCGUACAGGUACAACAAUGGGACUCCCAGGUUCCCUCCUUGGGCCUAUCCAGCAGUCGAUGGAGCCAUUGGAGCGGCCUUCCUGGCAGACUGGAUCACGAGCUCCGCCCGUUCCGUCGCUGUAAGGGGAGACAGCAGCGAGGCUGCAGGCGUGGACACUGCAGAGGGCCUUGACACAGCCGACAUGUCGCUUUGGAGACACACAGGCUACUUCAUUGCUUCCGUGGCCGGCAUCGUUCAUUUGCUGUUGGUCGUGGCGAAUGGCCUUGAGGAGCCGCAGGACAAGUUUGUUUUCUGCCCCCAGGCAGCAGGCGCAUCAUUACCUCCAUGCUUUUGGGCUCUGGUGCGACGCAGACCGUAA